CGGUAACAGCUUUUCCUGUACGAGGGGCCGCCGAGGGCACGACGCUUCUGCUUGGUUCUGUCUUCUCUGUGGCCCUGGGCCCCAGGUUGCGGUCACCGUAGCCCGAUCGAUCCCUUCGAAGUAAUCUUAGCCCACACUCCUCCGGCCUCCUUGAAACCGCCGCGCAGGAUCGCCCUCGCUCUCGCCCUCGCCCUCGCCGGGAUUCCUUCGAACGAAAUCUCCUCGAUCUUGGAAUCAGGGUAGAUUUAGGGCAAGAAAAGGAGGCCUAGAUUCCCGGGAGACGGAAAAUCCCGCGGAAAAAAGUAGGCAACGAUGAUGGCUUUUCUGUUAAAAUUCAUCUCCCUCGCCAUUUUCCUUUCGGUCUUCGCUCCGCGCUCAUCUGCUAUUCCCUUCAUCGUCUUGCACGGAAUUGGUGACCAGUGCGCCAACAAAGGGGUAUCGCAGUUUACUAAGCUUUUGAGCAAAUGGUCCGGAUCCGAGGGAUAUUGCAUAGAAAUUGGAAGUGGAGCAUGGGACUCUUGGGUUAUGCCCCUGCAGGAACAGACUAAUAUUGUUUGUCAGAAGGUAAAAGAAAUGCAAGAACUCAGCAUGGGUUACAACAUAGUUGGUCUCUCUCAGGGCAAUUUAAUAGGUCGAGGGGUGGUUGAGUUCUGCGACGGUGGACCUCCUGUAAAAAAUUUCAUCUCAUUGGCAGGCCCUCAUGCUGGCACUGCUUCUGUGCCACUUUGUGGUUCUGGAAUCAUAUGCAUGCUUGUGGAUGACCUCAUCAAAUCACAAAUCUAUUCUGAUUACAUUCAGGCACACCUGGCUCCUAGUGGUUAUCUAAAGAUUCCAACAGAUAUCCCUGCCUAUUUGGAAGGAUGCAGGUUUCUCCCAAAGCUCAACAAUGAAAUACCUAGUGAGAGGAAUUCUACUUACAAAGAAAGGUUCAGUAGCUUACAGACAUUGGUUCUUAUCAUGUUUGAGCAGGAUAGUGUCUUGAUUCCUCGGGAGACAUCUUGGUUUGGGUAUUAUCCAGAUGGUAACUUUACUCCAGUCUUGUCUCCCCAACAGACCACCCUCUAUAUCGAAGACUGGAUUGGUCUAAGAGCUCUGGACGAAGCUGGACGAGUCAAAUUCAUCAGCGUGCAAGGAGGCCACCUCAGAAUUUCUGAUAGUGACAUGCAGAAGUAUAUCGUGCCAUACUUAAACGACAACCGACGCAGCCCAAAGUUCUCUGUAUCCCAAUGGUUUUUAUGGGCCAUGAAGGAUCGUGUGAGGUCACUAGAAGAAACUUCUCUGCUUUCCACUUUAACAUAAGUAAAUAUGUUGAUCUAUCCGCUAGACUUGCUGAUCUUCAUUCUAUGAUAUCGUCAGUACAUGUGUGCUAAAACAAAUAUUCCACUUGACAAACACCUAUUUCGAAAUGAUUUCUGAAUGAAUUUUAAGUCGUGCAACC